UCGUCAUUAUUAUUUCGUGAAUUAUUUCCGACUUUAAUUUUAUAAAAGAAAUGGAAGAACUCGCCGUCCGGCAAGCCGGUUCCGCCGGACUUCGAAGCCUUGAGAAUCUAAUCGGAAUAAUAUCCACCCAUCACCACCGUCAACCACCGUAUUCCGCCGAUUACGUCGUCGCCACCGAUAUCACCGUCACCAAGUUUAAAAAGUUUAUUUCUCUUCUUGACCGGAAUUCCACCGGUCACGCCCGGUUCCGGCGAGGACCCGUUUCAAAGCCCACGGUGGUUCCGGCGGUGGUGCCGGAGAUUGGGUAUUCUGGGCCGGCGAUUCAGAACCCGGUGCCGGUAAUUCCGGUGGUGAAAUCUUUUGAGAGAAAGGAGGUUCCGGCGACUACUAUAAGUUUCGCCGGCGCCGGUGUGGGUUCUCCGGCGACGUCGUUUUUGUCGUCGUUGACCGGAGAUAGUGAGGGGUUGCAGCCGUCAAUGUCAUCCGGGUUUCAGAUCACAAAUCUUUCUCAGGUUUCUUCGGCUGGCCAGCCGAAUAUGUCGUCUUCUUCGUUUAAGCGGAAAUGUAAUUCGAUGGAGGAUUCGCAUACCAAGUGCACCGGGUCUUCGGGUCGGUGUCAUUGUUCUAAGAAUAGGAAAUCGAGGAUGAAAAGAGUAGUGAGAGUGCCGGCGAUAAGCGUGAAGAUGGCUGAUAUACCGCCAGACGAUUAUUCGUGGAGGAAAUACGGUCAAAAGCCGAUCAAAGGAUCACCAUAUCCAAGUCAUGCAGUUGGUGGUGGUUGUGAUGGAUCUGGAUGGAGGCGGAGGUGUGGUGUGGUGGAUUUGGAUGAUUAUUCUUUUAUGUUGCAGACACUAUAGAGAGAGUAGCUUGCUCUGGCGAGUUGCAGAGAGAAAGAUGGAGAAGAGAGAGAGAGAGAGUUGAGGGAGAGAGACUAGGUGUUUAUUUAUUGGGGAAGAAGAUGGUGUUUAUUUAUUAAUGAAUAUUUUAAAUAAAAAUAUGAAAUGACCAGAAUACCCUUAAAUGGCUAGACAUAACUGAAAAUUUUAACCGAGUUAGUGCCAAAGAGAAAUGUGUAAUGCAUUUUCCAAAUAAAGAACUGUGACUGUAAUUAUUAAAGUUAAAGGUCAUCAAAUGCAACACCUUAGAAACAUAAAAGACGAAAAGUGUAAUUUACCCAACAUUUUAACACAAAAUUAGUUUUAAGUAG